CCGGGUCGACGGCACAGCUCUGCGGCUCCCGCGGCGGCCGAAGAGGUGGUCGGGAAGUGGGUGCUUCCUGCUGGACUGCUGGCUGCUCCGCUUCAGUCCGCUCCGCGGCGGGAAGCGCCUUCCCCGCAGGUGUUCCUAUGCUGAGUGCACCAGUAUUUCCAAAUAUUCGGUUCUGUGUUGGAUGGACCCCUUCAUCAUUAUGUGACACACAUCUUGUCUUAUCACAGCCUUUAUGUUUAAGUCUGUUUUUUCUGAUGACAUCAAUGCAAGCCUGAAUAGGAAAAACAAUUUCUUCCUCCUAAGCCAUGGCAUAUCAAUUAUACAGAAAUACAACUUUGGGAAACAGUCUCCAGGAGAGCCUUGAUGAGCUCAUACAGUCUCAACAGAUCACCCCCCAACUUGCCCUUCAAGUUCUACUUCAGUUUGAUAAAGCUAUAAAUUCAGCAUUGGCGCAAAGGGUCAGGAACAGAGUCAAUUUCAGGGGCUCUCUAAAUACAUACAGAUUCUGCGAUAACGUGUGGACUUUUGUAUUGAAUGAUGUUGAAUUCAGAGAGGUGACAGAACUUAUUAAAGUGGAUAAAGUGAAAAUUGUAGCCUGUGAUGGUAAAAAUACUGGCUCCAAUACUACAGAAUGAAUAGAAAAAAAUGGCUUUUUUAUGCCGUCUCUGUUGUUGUUCAUCACUUUUUGAAGAGAAGCAUAGAAGAGACUUUUUUUUAUUUAUUCUAGCAUUGCGGAAAUGACUACACUGUGCUAUAUAUACUACCAGAAGUCCAACAGAAAGAAGCUUAUAACCAUAGCCUCUUACAUUACUUUUUCAGCAUGAAGAAACAGAAGUUUUUUUUAACAACAAACAUUGUUGCCUUCCUAAGAACAUUCUUGAAUAAACUCAUUUUAAAACUCA